ACUUAGCCCAUGAUCACGAGUCGACUCACUGAGUUAUUAACCAUUCAAUUCGAGAACCGCAACCGCUCGAUCUACAUCUCAAACUCAACGAACAUGUAAACUUCCACUCGUAUCUCUCGGGUCACUAAAUCGCUCCCCUCUGUGACUGGAGCCUUUUCUCGACACAAGCUCUGCUUUCCCGUUCCCCAUCUCUCAUCACAGUAGAUAAGAGCAAGUCCAGGAACUGCCAUCAACUUUGCCGCUUCGCCUCCUUCCUCUUCCUCCUGUGCAGUCCGCGACUUCGAUGGCCAAAAGCUCAAAGCAUGGGGCAACGGAGACCGAUGCACGGAGCCUCGCCAUCACCGUCGAGAGAAACCUUCCUGAGUCGCGAUUACAACAACUUGGCAUCAAGUCAUGGCCCAAGUGGGGGUGUCCUCCAGGAAAGUUCCCUCUCAAGUAUGAUGCCCAAGAGACGUGCUACCUCCUCAAAGGGAAGGUGAAGGUCUACACGAAGGGUUGCCCAGAGUGCAUGGAGUUUGGCGCAGGAGACCUUGCCGUCUUCCCCAAGGGACUCAGUUGCACCUGGGAUGUCUCCGUCGCUGUCGAUAAGCACUACAAAUUCGACACGUCCUCUUAGAUGUUCUUCCAUUCUAUCCAUGUUUCUUUUUACUGUACCAUUAGGCUUUCUUCUUUCUUGACUUGUGACUUAGCAGGAGAUUAGGGUUGUCAACAUUGUAGGCAAAGGACCUCUUAUCGGUCAAUGCAGGGCCACGUUCAAAGUAAUCUUGUUUGUUCCUUUGAAUGAACUUUAAAUGUUCCUUUGACCACUACCACAACCUUUGUGACUCGAGGGAUAA